AUGAUCGUUUUGCUGGUGCUGGUGUCCGUUGCGUUCGCUCAGAAGGAUUGUCUACUUAUGAAGGAUAAAGGUACAAAUUGUGGUGAACCAGCCGGUCAACGAUUUUUCUUCGACGAACACACGAAAAGAUGUCAACCUUUCUUUUACAGGGGUUGUGGUGGGAAUGGGAACAAUUUCAAAACUCGUGAAGAAUGUCAGAAAAAAUGCUCAAAUGUAAAAGGACAGGAAGCUACCGCCAUAGAUGCUGUUUGUAAGUCGGGUGCAUACGCUGCCGGUGCUACUUCUCUGGAUAAACCAUUACCGUGUUCGGAAUGUCCAACCGGUUACGAAUGUGAGGGUCAGCUAUGUUGUCCCAAGAAAGAUUACCUGUGUAACCUACAGUACAACGCUGGAAAAUUCGGUGAUCAAGGAUCGCAUCGUCCCAGAUAUUUCUACAGUAAAAACUUCAAGAAUUGCAUGUUAUUCACUUAUUAUGGACGAGAUGGGAAUGCGAACAAUUUCGAGACCUACAAUGAAUGCAAAGCGAUGUGCAUGUAG